CGGACACCCAAGCUCCGCCGUGGCAGAGAUUGUCGUCGGCAUACCCAGCCAGAGGUGGAGGAGUGUCCCUGGCGCACUCCGCAGGCGUCCGAGGGGCGCCCAGCUGCGCUCCCGCAUCCCCCUGGGCGCGCGCCCCCCGAUGCCCGGGCGGGCUGCGGGGAACCCGCGGUCGUGCGCGCUGCCCGUGGCCCUGGGGCCCCUCGGCGCCCGGGCGGUGGCCUGCACCUUCGGCGCCUACGACUGCUCCAGGUGCGAGCAGGAGCACGGCUGCACAUGCGGAGCCUGCCACCAGCUGCCGCGCACGAUCUGCGUCAACGGCAGCGGGAGCGGGACGUGCCGCAUGGCGUGCCAGGAGGGGUAUCACGAGGUGCAGGUCACCUGCGGCUUCCCCGCCGUCUGCGUCGAGUGCGCGCCGACGUUCUGGCCAGAAGGACUGCCGCCGGCCCAGGUGGUUUACUGCGUGCUGGCUCUGGCGUCGGCCUCCUGCGUGCUGCUCCUGGCGCACUGCGCGGCGCGAGCGGCCGCCCGGUGGCAGCUGCGUCGGCGCCCGACCGAGGAGACGGCCCACGCCGCCCACGCCGCGAGCAGCAGCGAGGAUGUCCUGUGGGAGGAGGCACUGCUGCUGCGGCGCACGUGCCCGGCGCGGCCCGCGAGGCAUCUGGGACUGUCCGGGCAGGAGUGCGCCAUCUGCCUGGCGGACUUCCUGCCCCGCGACAUGCUGCGGACCCUGCCCUGCCCCGCCGCAGCGCAGGGGCACAGCUUCCACUGCGGCUGCGUGGACCCGUGGCUCCUCCGCCGUGCCGCCUGCCCCACCUGCGGCGCGGACUGCGCCGCGCUGCUGCGCCCCCUGGCCCUGGGCGCCACCCCGCCCGGAGCGCCGUGAGCGACCGCCCAGCUCCGCGCACGGGCUGCUGCAGCGUACAGCCUGCGGCGCUCGUGUGCGCGGAGCGCGCUGCGCCGCCGCGCCCACCGCGAGGGGGCCCCGCUGGCGGUGCGCGAGCGAGCCUGCCGCCUGCACGCCAGGGGCUAUGAA